CAGAACGGUUUUUAAAUCGGCCAUGCUCCGCUCCACGGCGUAGUGCUUUAGUCCCCAUUGUUGCAGAAGUAGUGACUGGAGCAAAGUGAGGAGCCCGUGGACUGCGUCCUCUAUUUUUAUUCUGGGACCUGACAUGGCAAAAGGGAAGAAAAGUGUGCUGAAAACCGAAAAGAAGCCCGACGACUCCGUUGCACCCAAAAUUGCCUCAAAGGACACCAAGGAAAACGAAACGACAAAUAACAAGGAUUGCAUAGGUAAAGAGACUUCAACUUUACGGAGUCCAGGCAAACCUAGAUCCCCCCUGAGCGACAAUUCAAGCAUGCUGAUCCAGAAGGGAAAAGUAUCGGAUCCAACUAAUGUAAUCGCUUCAAAAUUAAAAAAAGAUUCACCCAAUGAAAUAAAGUGUGAGUCCAGGGAGCAGAAGCUUGACGUGGCCUGCCCCAGUCAAGUGAUCAGAACACAACCCACUGAACAGCUUCAGCAAAAAGAGUCCACCACAAGUGCAACGUCUGCAGCAGACAGCAAAGUUCCAGUGAAACCUCGGAGUCGAACCGGUCGCAAACUUGGAGCAAAAAAGCCGGAGAAUAAAGCUCAAAACAGAAAGGUCACAGACUAUUAUCCCAUCAGACGAAGUAACCGAAAAACCAAGACCGAGUUAAAGAGUGAAGAAGAUCAACACAUUGAUUACCUGAUAAAGAACAACAUUGAAGAAGGGAUGCAGAUCAAACACAUAGAAGGAAAAGGAAGAGGGAUAUUUGCUUCCAAACUGUUCAAAAGGGGAGAGUUUGUUGUGGAGUACCAUGGAGACCUGCUGGAACUAUCUGAGGCUAAAAUAAGGGAGGCCCAGUACACGCAGGAUCCCCAGAAAGGCUGUUACAUGUACUACUUUCAGUAUCAAUCCAAGACCUACUGUGUGGACGCCACGGAGGAAACGAGCCGUCUUGGAAGACUGCUCAACCACAGUAAAACUGGAAACUGUCAAACUAGGCUUCACGCCAUCGAUGGAAGCCCUCAUCUCAUCCUGGUGGCUUCCAGAGACAUCGACGCAGAGGAAGAGCUCCUGUACGACUACGGGGAUCGGAGCAGAGCGUCUGUGCAGGCUCACCCGUGGCUCAAAUACUGA